AGCAGAAGCUUCGGGGGCUUCUGAAAGACGAAGCUGCCGUGCGACGACACGGAAUUUAAAGUGGGGGGCGGUUUCAGAGUCAAACGUUGCUUCUCUUUUUCCCUCGCAACUCACGCGGCUCCCCCUCCUCUGCUUGUUUGUCCCUCUCCCUAUUUCUCUUGUACACGUACACUCAUCGAUCCAUUUAGAAGGAGAAGAGCUCUUGCGCGCGCACCACGCCCGCAGAAACCCAUGGAGAAGAAGCUGCUUUUGGGCUCCCACAAGGAGCCGUUUUGGACGCGGCCGUGGCGAUUGCUGAAGACCAUCUUUUUCGUUUUCACCAUGCUGGCUUCUCUCCUCCUCGUGUGCGCGCCGCCGCUUCUCGUCGUCGGGCUCGACCUGCUUCUCCCCCCGGCGCUUCUCUCCGCCGCUCUCCGGAGCGGUCCCGUCUACGCUGCUGCUUCUCCGCCGCCCUCUCUGUAUGAUCAGCUCUUCGCGAGUUUCGACUUCCGGUCUUCGCUGGUCGACUUGCCCGCCGUGUCGGCCGCCAGAGCUCUUCUCGUUCUCUGUGCCUAUGCUUUAUGUGGUGGCCGAGGUGCGUAUUUAGCGAUCACGGCAAUAUGUAGUGCCGCGUCGAUCGGAUAUGUUUCGAUCAAGGCUGUUUGCGCAUUCGGGGUGAGCUCCGUCGGAGGGGCUAAGCGUGUUACGACUGAGGGUAAGGACGGAGCGUUGGCCGUCGAAGCGUUGUUUCUGAGCUCUUUGGCGCUCGCGGUGGCUCACGUCGCGGUGGCGUAUCGAACUAGCUGUAGGGAGCGGCGCAAGUUGCUCGUGUAUAGAAUCGACAUCGAAGCGGUAAAGCAAAAGGAGGCCAAACUAAAGGAGCAAAUUAAAUUGUGAGAUAGCCUUAUCAGCUUAAGGGUAGAGUAUGCCAGGGAUGUGUAUCAUACAUAUUGUUUAUGUAUAGAACUUUUUUUUUCUCCGAAUUAUUCAUUGAAAAAACAUCGAGAAGCUUCAAAUAGCGAUCGACUGUAAACAAGUCAUCCCCAAUUUUGUCCUCGUAGCAUCGGUCAUUCGGGCAUGUACAUUCGCAUACAUGUGUUUGAUUUGAUCAGUUUACAAAAGGGACAUGUCAACAAUGUAAAGAUAAUUCAACAUGAACCUCAGAUGCCUCUUUUAAA